AUGUCUCGGCGGACGCGCGGCGAGGAGCUGGAUGAGCUGCACUACCAGGAUACAGAUUCAGACGUGCCAGAGCAGAGGGACAGCAAGUGCAAGGUCAAAUGGACCCACGAGGAGGAUGAGCAGCUGAGGACCCUGGUAAGGCAGUUCGGACAACAAGACUGGAAGUUCCUGGCCAGCCACUUUCCUAACCGCACUGACCAGCAAUGCCAGUACCGGUGGCUGAGGGUCUUGAAUCCAGACCUGGUCAAGGGGCCAUGGACCAAAGAGGAGGACCAAAAGGUCAUCGAGCUGGUCAAGAAGUACGGCACAAAGCAGUGGACGCUGAUCGCCAAGCACCUAAAGGGCCGGCUGGGGAAGCAGUGCCGUGAGCGCUGGCACAACCACCUCAACCCUGAGGUGAAGAAGUCCUGCUGGACUGAGGAGGAGGACCGCAUCAUCUGUGAGGCCCACAAGGUGCUGGGCAACCGCUGGGCCGAGAUCGCCAAGAUGCUGCCGGGGAGGACAGACAAUGCUGUGAAGAAUCACUGGAACUCCACCAUCAAAAGGAAGGUGGACACAGGUGGCUUCCUGAGUGAGUCCAAAGACUGCAAGCCCCCUGUGUACUUGCUGCUGGAGCUUGAGGACAAGGACGGCUGCCAGAGUGCCCGCCCCGUGGAAGACCAGGGAAGUCUUGUGACCAACUGGCCCCCAGCGCUUCCUGCCAUGAAGGAAGAGGAAAGCAGUGAGGAGGAGGCCACGGCAGCCACCACUUCUAAGGAGCAGGGAGCUGUGCCUGCGGACCUGGAUGGAGUGCGAACACCAGAGCCCUUGGAGGACUUCCCCAAGCGUGAAGACCAGGAGGGCUCCUUGCCAGAAACCAGCCUGCCCUACAAGUGGGUGGUGGAGGCCGCAAACCUCCUCAUCCCUGCUGUGGGGUCCAGCUUCUCGGAAGCCCUGGACUUGAUCGAGUCGGACCCUGAUGCUUGGUGUGACCUGAGUAAAUUUGACCUGCCCGAGGAGCCGUCUGCAGAGGGCAGCAUCAGCAACAGUCCAGUGCAGCCACAGCCAACGCAGCAUCAGCAGCAACAGGCACUGCUGCCCCGCCAGCCGGCCGCCCCGGUGCCCAGUGUGACCGAAUAUCGUCUGGACGGCCACACCAUCUCAGACCUGAGCCGGAGCAGCCGGGGCGAGCUGAUCCCCAUUUCCCCCAGCACUGAAGUGGGGGGCUUGGGCAUCGGCACGCCACCUUCGGUGCUCAAGCGGCAGAAGAAGCGGCGCGUCGCCCUGUCCCCUGUCACGGAGAACAGCGCCAGCCUGUCCUUCAUGGACUCCUGUAACAGCCUCACCCCCAAGAGCACACCCGUCAAGACCCUGCCCUUCUCGCCCUCCCAGUUUCUGAACUUCUGGAACAAACAGGACACACUGGAGCUGGAGAGCCCCUCACUGACGUCCACCCCGGUGUGCAGCCAGAAGGUGGUGGUCACCACUCCCCUGCACCGGGAUAAGACGCCCCUGCACCAGAAGCACGCUGCGUUUGUAACCCCAGAUCAGAAGUACUCCAUGGACAACACUCCUCACACGCCGACCCCAUUCAAGAAUGCCCUGGAGAAGUAUGGACCACUAAAGCCCCUGCCCCAGACCCCGCACCUGGAGGAGGACUUGAAGGAGGUGCUGCGCUCUGAGGCCGGCAUCGAGCUCAUCAUUGAGGAUGAAGUGAGGCCUGAGAAGCAGAAGAGGAAGACUGGGCUGCGGCGGAGCCCCAUCAAGAAGGUCCGCAAGUCCCUGGCUCUUGACAUUGUGGAUGAGGAUGUGAAGCUGGUGAUGUCCACACUGCCCAAGGUGCUGUCCUUGCCGACAAAUGUCCUAUCGAGCUCCUCCAGCCUCUCUGUGCCAGGCAUCAAAGAGGACAACAGCCUACUUAAUGAGGGCUUCCUGCAGGCUAAGCCCGAGAAGCCCAUGGCGGUGCAGAAGUCCCGAAGCCACUUUCCAACACCUGCCCCUAUGACCAGCGCCUGGAAGACGGUGGCCUGCGGGGGGACCAGGGACCAGCUCUUCAUGCAAGAAAAAGCCCGGCAGCUCCUGGGUCGCUUGAAGCCCAGCCACACGUCUCGGACCCUCAUCUUGUCCUGA